UAGAUGCCCCCCCCACACUCCCCCUUUCACCCAGCACAGAUAACUGAAAUCAUGUCCCCUCUGCUAGCUGCUCUCUGUCCUAUUAGCAUCGGCAACUUUCAGGGUUUUCAACAAGGAUGCAUUAAUGUUACAUUCAGGGUUUUCACAAUACGAAUGUAUUUCCAGCAGUGCCUACUGGAGUUUACCUGUAAUAUUCUAAGACUAUAACUAAUAUGUUCUUAUAGAUACCAAAUGAGUCAAAUUAGUUCCACCACCUAAUCUGUCACUCUCUGUUAAAUUUUGUAAUUUGUAGCUUAAUUAGUAGGCAGAAUUUGCUGAUGCUCUAUAGAUUCGUCACUGCUUUUGCAUGCUUAAAGAAUAAAUCAUACAAAUCACUAUUAAAUACUUAAAUUAAAUAUGACUAAUUAUGAUGAGAUAUUAAGACGCAGAGGAAUGAGUGAAUCUCGGAAUAGAAACAUAAAAACAAACACUGAUGUGUCACAUUUUUAUGCGCUUAUUAGUUACACAUCCUUUCGCCCCAAAGUGAUUGAUAGGAGGCGGGUGAUAAACGCUCAAUUACGUGACGUGGCGGGCUGUGAUUGGCUCCCACCGCGUUCGCUGGUCGCGCGCGCUCCCGGCGUGGCCCUUUAAAGACGAGUCUCUUCCCCCUCUGGAGGAGAGUCGAACCCAGAGUCACUCCGCUGCUUGUUGCCCGGGAUUGCGCAUCAGAACACCGCAAACAUGGUCGAGAAAUUUGUCGGGACGUGGAAGAUGAUCGCCAGCGAGAACUUUGAUGACUACAUGAAAGCAAUUGGUGUGGGGUUUGCGACCCGCCAGGUGGGGAAUCGGACCAAGCCCAAUCUGAUAGUGACCGUGGAAGACGACGGGGUCGUCUGCCUCAAGUCUCAGAGCACCUUCAAAACCACUGAAAUAAGGUUCAAGCUCAACGUGCCGUUCGAGGAGACGACCGCAGACGACCGGAAGACGACGACCGUGGUGUCUCUGGAGGGCGGAAAGCUUGUGCAGAAACAGAGCUGGGAUGGCAAAGAGACUAAUAUCGAGAGGGAGAUCACGGACGGCAAAUUAAUAGCGAAAUGCAUUAUGGGGGACGUGAUCGCAGUGAGGACGUACGUGAAGGAGGCGUGAUGGACCCCUCCGGCCCACUCGACGGAUGCACUGCCGGAUGACGGGGCUCAGUUCAAUGAGCGUUAAAACGAAAAGAUAUGGCCUGCUCUUUUUCUUUAUCUUCACUGUUGCCGAAAUCCAAUUUGUUCUCCAACAUGACACAUUUGAAUUGUUGUGAUUUGAAUAAACACUUAAAAAUUUGUCAAAACC